AUGACCAGAUUUAUUGGCGUUGCAGUUGGCACGUUGGGUUCCUCGGAAGCAAGUUCCAGUGCAACGAGGGAUUGUAACGCUGGUUGGCUCAACAUCAUGGAUUCAGCAGUUUCUUCUUUUGGAACUGGUGGUGUAGAAUCUACUGGCACCAAUUCAGGGAUAUCCAGAUCACCGCUUGGAGUUUCUACCGAUGUCUUGUCUGGGGGUCCUGUAUCUGGUCAUACAGAGCAUGGUCUGCCCAUAAUCGUGUCCACUAACUGGGUAUUCGUAUUGAGUUGGAUUUGGGAAAAGUGGGACACUGUGAACAAGCCAUACACCAGAAUCUCCAUCAAAGAAAAUAGUUCCCUUGGUGUGUCCAAAAGCUGUGGAAGUGCUGUCAUCCUCGCAAUUCCUCCAGCCAGCCCUGUCACCGACCCAUCAUCCUUCUCAAUUGGCAUCUUGUACACAGCGAACCUUACAAAAUCAAAUGAUCUAAAUAGAAACCAAAAUCGAGGACUUACCAGUCAACAUCAGCACCUGACUGAUCUUUGCAGGAGAAUGCAGCAUAGACCUCUCCCUCCUUCCAUAAUGCGAGAAUCUCAGCAAACUGUUUCAAUCAUCCGUCGCUAUGAAUCCAAAAAAGACUACGACGAGGAAGACGAGGAACUCGUUUACUGGUAUUACGAAAAUUGA